GCCAGCUCAAGGUUUACAUUGUAAGAAGUUGUCUUCUUCGCAACCUAUUUUUGUAUUUUCUGCUUUAUUAUUAAGGAUAUUGGUUAGGAAAAAAAAUCAGAAUUGUGUUGAGAAAUGAAAGGAAGGGCCUACGUAAUGAUCUUCUUCUUCUGGGCUCUUCUAACGAUUAUCACCCCAAUGCUAGUUAGCUGGUCUCAGGCUCUCAAAGAACAUAAGAAAAAGGAUUCCGGUCCAAGGCGAAUGAUGGGAUAUUCAGCAGAAAUGGUUUUGACAAGAGAGAUUGUUGAACGCUUAGAAGAAAAAGAAGAGUUGAAGAUGAACCAGUCAAUGGCGCCAACUCCUGAAGAUCGCCCUAUUUUACCUUCCACGAAUCAAACUUCAACGAGGAUAAAACAACAAGAAAGAUCAGUCACUAAACAUAAACAUCCCAUGAGUUUGCGAUAAAUUUCUUUGAAUAUUUUCUUUUUAUUUGUCUAUUUCAGCACAAUAUUUAACUUUGUUCAUAAGCAUUCUCGGUUUGUUUUUGGAUAUACGAAAGUUAAUGCUGGUGAGAGCAGUUAGUACAUAUGUUAAAUUGGCUUUCGUUUGGAAGAACUUUAUGUUUCUACGUUCUUAUUG